AUGGGUAAAUUCAGUGAUCUUCCUGCAGAGAUCAUGUUAGAUAUAUUCACCCGGUUACCAACGGAAUCAGUUUUGGAUUGCAAAUCAGUUUCCAAAUCCUGGAGAAACGUUAUUCACCAUCGAUCCUUUUCUCAUAUGCACUCAAAUAUCCUGCUGAGUAAUCCUAAAUCUGUUGCUGAUUCCGGUAAGUUGAGGUUUGUCUGCAAGAUGGUUGGUGGUUCGUUAUGUUAUUUAGAAUAUGAUGAUGAGGUUUCUUCUUAUAGAUUUAAGAAAUUGGAAUUGUCACCUCCAUUUAAUUUAUACAGUAUCCUUGGUUCGUAUAACAGUUUGGUCUGUAUUAAUGGAUUACCUAGUCAUUAUACCAUGGAUGAGUCUAGUACUGCUUCUUAUGUUGCUUAUAUCUGUAAUCCAAUCACUAGAGAAAGUAUCACCCUACCAGAACUUGAUAGAUCGACAUAUUAUCAUCUUGUUUGGUUCAUGUCGUCUGUAUUUGGUUAUGUUGCUUCGACUAAUGAGUAUAAGGUUGUUAGGCUUUACACUUUCUGGAGAUCCGAAUUUGCAAAUAUUGAGGUUUAUACUCUCGGCAUUGGUAAACUAUGGAGAAAUGCAGGGAAGAUCAAAGUUUCGGAUUCUAUGUCUAGACGACAUGCUGUCUUUGUUGAUGGAUUUCUUUAUUGGAAUUUCGGAAAUGGGAGAAUGCAAGCAUUUGAUUUGGAUAAUGGAGUUUUUGUAGAAUUAAAUGAAUGUUGGAAUGGGCAUUUCUGGGGUGGGGUUUUGGGAGGUCAUUACAGUGGUACACGCUAUAGUAAAGAUGGCAAAAGUGUUGAUGUAUGGUUACUGAAGAAAAAAGAAGAUGAGUCAAUUAGCUAUAGUAAAGAGUUCAGUUUAAUCAAUAUGGAUUCGUACCCUACUCCCCUUUCUCUUACGAGUAAUGGUACAGUUUUAUGUUACUCGGAUACGAAGCUCCAUCUUCAUGACCUGAAAUCUUCUUCUUCCAAAGUGCUUGGGGAUUUUGGUAGAAGAAUACAUCCCGCAGUUCCUCAUAUGAACACUUUAGUUUCGCUGAAAGCAUUUGGAGAGGAAACCACAGAAACACUAAAGCCUGGUGAAGCAAUCAAAACUUGA